AUGGCCACGGCUUCAUCGUCAACUCAGAUUGACGACGGCUCACUCAGUAGCAAUGUCCCCAGAACCAUUGGUCUAACGAGCGAGCUCGCACAGCCGAUAGCCUUGAAGAUCGACUAUCUAGAAUGCACCAAGGCACAUCAAGAAGUAGCCUCCUUGUCGCAGAAAUUCGAGGACCCAACCGUGCUCAAGAAAUUAUCCAACAUAUACAUCAACUCCGAUCUAAUUUGCAAAGUCGAGGUGUUUGACGGCAAGAACAACAACUCCAUAAGCAUACCGAUCCAAACGUCAUACAACUCGUUCAACAAUAAGCGAAGGCAAUGGGAUCAGGACCUCAAAUUGGCCAUUGACUACAGCCAAGUCAAUAUGGACUCGUAUUUGAAAUUCACCUUGUUGGAAAUUGUUGACACCAAGCCCGUCGUGUUCGGCGUGGGGUUCUUAACCUUGUUCCAGUUUAGUAACUCUACGUUGAGGACGGGGUCUCAAAAGAUACCCAUUUACACCGAGGGCGAUGUGGAUGACAUCACGGGCAAGUUAAACUACGGCGAGUUGCGAGGGCUAACUGCGUUGGAAAAAGACCGAAUCCGGUAUGAAAAUGGAGAUUACCCCAAAGUUGCCUGGCUCGAUAAGCUUGCACUCGCCAAGCUUGACACUAAAAGGGACGAAAACAAACCUCGCGAUCACGAUUACUAUUUACACGUCAAGAUGCACAGAUUCAUGUUUGCUUAUGUCUAUUCGGAUGUCACGUACGAUGUCCCCGUUGUUGAACCCAUUCAGGACCUAGUCAAGCCCAUGACGCAGCAGCCCAUGAGUAAAGUGUUGAACUCCAUCGAUAUACCGUCCCGCGGCCCCAAUCCGCGCGAGAUGAAAAUAUACGAUCCCGAUUUUGACAUCACGGCCAACUUUGUCAAUGCCACUAACCCUGUAAAUACCUUCUUGGACCCCAUCGAGCUCAAGUUCCACAAGCUCGAGAGAAACAUCAACAACAACUCCAUCAUCGAUAAGGAUCUCAAGCCUACGCCGCAAUUGAGAGACGAAUUGGUGCGCAUUUUGAUCAAGCCUUCGAAUGCCGAGCUUUCGGACAAUGAAAAGAACUUGUUGUGGAGAUUCAGGUACUAUUUCAGCAAGAACAACUCAAGCGAUUCGAAUGCGCGCUCGGCGACUUCAAAGUCGUUCUUGCCCAAGUUUUUAAAAUCGAUUAGCUGGGAAAAUGACUAUGAAUUGGACCAUACGUUCAAGGAAAUCCUACCGUUGUAUUGGAGCGUCGACAAGUUGCAAAUCGGCGACGCCUUGGAAUUGUUGGAUAGCUAUUUCAACCCUUACGUUUUGGCCAAGACUGCGUAUCAAGAAGACCGGAACGCCACGAGAAGUGUCGACCGGUUCAAAGAUGAUGCUAAUGAUAACGUCGGGGGUGGCGAUGACGAGCUGAAGUUUAAAAAAAUCUUUGACAAUAUUUCAUACUUGAGAAGACUAGCAGUGGAACGGUUAAAGUUGGCCAGCGGCGAAGAGCUCUUGCUUUAUUUGUUGCAGCUCGUCCAGGCCCUCAAGUACGAAGCAUUGAUCUAUAGAGACGUGUGCCAGCAGAAUGAGGACGACGCGGAACCCUUGUUUGUGAAACUACCGCUUGCAAAUUUUCUAAUAGAGUCGGCCGUGGUGGAUGAAAAACUAGGGAAUUUUUUUUACUGGUACGUCAAGGUGGAGAAUGAAGACCGGUUGACUACUAAUGCCACUGGUGGCGAUGGUCCAACGCCAACCAACAUCUAUUCGAUGGUGCUCAAUAAGUACAUUGAGCAAUUAAAGUCGCACUGCCACGAGUACAAAUUACCAUAUUAUAAGCACCUCAGGAGACAAAUUUGGUUCAUAAAGAAAUUGACCAACUUGGUCGAGCUUUUGAGAAGUUCGUUCAAGAAGAACGAAGCAACGAUGCGCAAAGUUGAGUUUUUGAGAGAAUACUUGUCGAACUCGUCAAAUGAACUCCUCAAGUUCCCCGACCCUUUCCCCUUGCCGUUGGACCCCUCAGUGACGGUUUGCGGCUGCUACCCUCAGGAAUCCUCGGUGUUCAAAUCCAGCUUGGCACCUUUGAAGAUCACCUUAAAAACGGUGGAAAACAAAAAGAGCCAAACGUCGCAAAUAUUUGGCAAAAAGGCAAGCAAGCAUGGCAAGUACCCGUUGAUGUUCAAGAUUGGUGACGAUUUACGACAGGACCAACUAGUGAUCCAGAUCAUCAACUUGAUGGAUCAGUUGUUGAAGAAUGAGAACUUGGACUUGAAGCUUACCCCGUACAAGAUCUUGGCCACGGGCCCCGUUGCAGGGUUGAUCCAGUUUGUGCCUAAUGAAACCUUGGACUCCAUCUUGGCGAAAAACACUCAAUAUGCCGCCGCUUUGGUUGAAGACAGCGCUGCUUAUACUGAACCUCCGCGCGGUCAAAUCGCCGCCAGCAAUGGCAUUCUCAACUAUUUACGACUCCACAGUCGCGAGCAGCAGCCAAGUGAACCCGUUUCGAAGAGCGUGCUCCACUCCACUGCCACCUCGUCUGCCUCCAACAUGUCGCAGCAGUCGGCCUUAAACGCAUUAACUUACCAGCCAAAGCAAGCCGUCACCUCGGAUCUCGGAGUCUCUCCCGUGCUAAUGGACAAUUACGUCAAAUCGUGCGCAGGCUACUGCGUCAUCACCUACAUCUUGGGUGUGGGGGACCGCCACUUGGACAAUCUACUCCUCUCGCCCAAUGGCAAAUUCUGGCACGCGGAUUUCGGCUACAUCUUGGGCCGUGACCCCAAGCCGUUCCCCCCCUUGAUGAAAUUGCCCAUCCAAGUUAUUGACGGAAUGGGCGGGCUCCAGCAUGAAAACUACAGCAUUUUCAAGAGCUAUUGCUUCAUCACGUACUCGGCGUUGCGGAAGAAUAGCAAUUUGAUCCUCAACUUAUUCCAGUUGAUGCUCGAGACUAAUAUACCUGAUAUACAAGUGGACCCGUCGCGGGUUAUCGAAAAAGUGCAGGAGAAGUUUUGCUUGGGCAUGAGCGAAGAAGAAGCAAUUUUACAUUUCCAGAGCUUGAUUAACGACAGUGUUUCUGCGUUCUUGCCUGUUGUUAUUGAUCGAUUGCACAGUUUGGCCCAGUACUGGCGUGCUUGA